UAGUCAACGAAUUUGGUUAGGAAGCUGCCAUGCAGUUUCCCUUCCACUAAAACCAACAUUUCUUACGUUAACGCCACGCUCAUCUCUGUCGGAUGAAGUUUCUUAGCAACUCCUUAAAGCUUUCAGAGAAUUCAUUUCCUCUGUCAGAGUUUAAGUUUAUUGAAACCAUUGAGCUAAGAUGGAAGUUGAUAAAGUUUCUAAGCCAUCCAAGUGGUUUUCAAACAAGUCGCUGAGGCUGAGUUUCCCUCGUCGCCUAUCAAAGUCGAGGUCAACAUCAAGCUCUCCCACUUCCCCUAUAUCUCGAGGUGAAAGCACAACAAAAAGACCCAACAGAGAUGAUGAGCUGAAAGAGAUUUUUCGUCAUUUUGAUGAAGAUGGUGAUGGAAAAAUAUCAGUCCUCGAGCUUAUAAAUUACUUUGCAUCGAUUGGAGAGUACAUGUCGUACGAAGAGGCUCAAGCAGCGAUCAAUGAGCUCGACAGAGAUGGUGAUAAUUUACUUGACUUUCAGGACUUUCAGCGGCUUAUGCAAGGAGAAGAAGAUGAGGAUCUGAAGGGGGCGUUUGAGAUGUUUGAGUUGGAGAAGGAAGGCUGCUUGACUCCUAAAGGGCUGCAAAAAAUGCUGAACCGCCUUGGAGAAUCAACAUCUUACGAUGAUUGUGUUGCCAUGAUUCAAGUUUUUGACAUGGAUCGCAAUGGAGUCCUUGAUUACCGUGAAUUUUACCGGAUGAUGACUAAGUAGUAUAUUUAUGCAUGUAAUAUUAUAUGUAUCACUUUGCUUAAAUAAUCAGGUAUAUAACCAUAUGUGUUUUCAUAUGAUUGAAUAUUA